AUGGUGGACUUUCCAGAACGAAUUUCCGACCUCCGCACAGAGGAUGAGUCUCAUCCACCGCGAAUUCAAGUUUCUGAAGCUGUUCGCAUUGUUGAAGUGAGUGAUGAGGAUCCUGAGCACGCCUUCACGUUAAAUGAGGCUGCUCUUGAAAAGGUUCUCUUGGACAGAAAAUAUGCCGAUAAAAAGGUAGCCGUUAUUGGGGUGGCUGGUGCUUAUCGUAAAGGAAAAUCAUUCUUGCUCAACUUCUUCCUUCGUUAUUUGCAAGCGCUCGAGCAGAACAAAGAUCAUGAAUGGCUUCAACCUGAUGCCCCGCUGAAAGGUUUCUCGUGGCGUGGCGGCAGUGAGCGAGAAACGAACGGAAUUCUCAUCUGGGAGCGGCCCUUCUUGAUCCGAGAUCAAAACGGUGAAGAGAUAGCCGUUCUCCUUAUGGACACUCAAGGGGCUUUUGACUCGCAAUCAACGGUCAAAGAUUGUGCCACGAUUUUUGCUUUGUCCACGAUGAUCAGCUCUAUUCAGAUAUACAACUUGACGCAAAAUAUUCAAGAAGACGACCUUCAGCAUUUGCAACUUUUCACCGAGUAUGGCCGACUUGCAUUGGAGGGUUCAACUACUAAGCCUUUCCAGAGUCUCAUCUUUCUUGUCCGUGAUUGGAGUUUCCCCUACGAGGCUGAGUACGGCUUUCAGGGUGGACAACGCACGCUUGACAAGCGCUUGCAGUUGUCAGACAAACAACAUCCAGAGUUGCAACAAUUGCGCAAGCACAUCCGUUCGUGUUUUGACAAAAUUGAGUGCUUUUUGAUGCCGCAUCCUGGACUCAAAGUGGCGACAAAUCCAAAUUUUGACGGAAAGCUCACAGAUAUUCAACUCGAAUUUCAACAAGCCUUGCAGGCGAUGAUUCCUCGUCUUCUUGAUGGGGCUCAUCUCGUGAUAAAGGAUAUCGCUGGUCAUAAAGUCACUUGUCGUGAACUUGUCGAAUAUUUCAAGGCUUACAUGAAAAUCUUCCAAGGUCAAGAGCUUCCCGAGCCAAAGUCUAUGCUCAUUGCAACUGCAGAGGCAAACAAUUUGGCUGCCGUUUCGAGCGCUCGCGCUCUAUACAUCAAAAACAUGGAAGAAAUAUGUGGUGGAGAAAAGCCAUACAUGCAAACGGCCGAAUUAGCAAAUGAACAUGAACGUUGUCGCAGUGAAGCCAUUCGUGAAUUCAGAAAUGCCAAGAAGAUGGGUGGCGCUGACUUUAGCAUAACUUUUCUGGAACGACUUGAAACGGACAUAAAUGAAAGCUAUGAAAGUUUCAAGAAGUCAAACGAAGGAAAGAAUCUCUUCAAAUCAAUGCGCACACCGGCUGUGCUCAUUGCAAUCAUGAUUGCCGAUUAUGUUUUGCAAGAGUUUUGUCAACUUCUUGGUAUGAAUUCAAUUGCGGGUAUUUUCUCAUCGGUCUUCCUCGUCAUUGUUUGCACUUUGUCAGUGUGGGCUUAUUCACGCUACUCUGGAAACUUGCGAGAGCCGGCAGGAUAUAUUGACGAUUCUGUGAACUGGGUUUGGAAGGAGUUUAUUUCACCAAAUGCCCACCAUAUGGGUGCUCUUGGAGGUGCCGUUCAGCUCGGAGAUCAAUUACAGAAUGCUGCCGCGUCAGCACGUCGAGCCGCUCCAUCAGCAUCCCGGGAAAGGAAAGAUCGC